UUACAUUACUUGUUUACAAUAACUCCCUUCAUUGUUGAUCCCAAGAAAAUCACAAUGGUGGUUGGUCGUCAUUCAAAGAAAAUAACGAAGAUGAGAGGAAUAAGAAACAACAAACUCAUCAUAAAAGAGAAAUUUUAUUCUUCCAUUCAAUCACUUCCUAAUGAGUUAGUUACUGAAAUUGUUGCCAGAGUUGCUUCUGCUUCUUUUAAGAAUUAUAUCAAUGCCAAGCUAAGUUGCAAGGCUUUUCAUGAAGUCGCAAAUGAGCAAUAUGUAUAUCAAAAUGCAAAGCUUACGGAUAUUCCAAUAGAACCUUCGUGGGAGAAGCAAAAGCAAGAGAAGAUAAACAAACUCACUUCAUUCAUGGAGUUGUGCAGAGAAUGUGGGAAUACAGAAGCUUUAUAUAGAAAGGGCGUGAUGGACUUCUUUAAAGACGAUAUGCCAGAACAUGCACUUGAACUUCUGAAGAGAGCAGCAAAAGGAGGUCACAUAGGAGCAUUCUAUGUGAUUGGCAUAAUUACGGUUUUUAUGGGGGGUGAGUUUAAGAGAAAAGGAAUAACGUUGAUUGGCAACAUGAAAGAAACAAAGCAACUAAGGAAAAUAACAAGGGAGUGUAGAAAGAAGUUGGUCGAAAUUUUGACACAAAUUUGGGUGAAAAAUCCUUUAGUGCUGGAACAAAGACCUACUCGUUGCACAAUUCAGCAUCAACGUAUUCGCAGGAACGGUUGGCCUCGUGACAGUGAUGAUGAAGACGAUGAUAUGGACGUUCAUUGUGAUGCUUGUAGUUGUGAGGUCGAAAUUGAUUAUAUCAUUAGUGUUUUGCCUAAGGUUGUCAUGUAUUAGCUGUGAUUGUUUUCAAGUCAUGGAACUUCUUUUUCACCCUUUCCUUCUUUUCUACUCUGUAAUAUUUUGACUCUAAAUUUUGUGCAUAAUUUAGUUUUAGUAAUGAAAUAAACCCA